UUUGUUGGCUGCAGUGACAUGUCCAUACAGCAGCUGUUUCAAGGUGGUAAGAAGUUGUUGACAGGGUAACGGAAAGAAAGAGUAUGUAGUGAGUGAUGCCGCAGUGAUAAGCGGAGUCUGAAGUCGACAUGAUUUUCAUCGAAAGGGAUUUAUGAACAAGAAAAUGUCGCCAGAUGAGAUAGAAUACAAUGUUUUUUACCAUCUACUUCAGACGAAGUAUAGGAAGAAGUAUGAGCCAGCAAUUAGCAAAUGUUGUAUGAUAUGUAUUCCCUGCUCUGCUGCCCUAAGGGGAGUUGAAAUCACAGAUGAAUUUGUCGAUAUGCACAUUCUUCAACCAGUUUCUCGCACAGCUAGUAACUUUAUUAGUGGCAGUGGAGUAAAAAAAUAUCGCUAUGAGCUUAAGGGAAGCCUGCUGACUCUCAUAGCUUCUCCAAUGAAACUUCCUGAGGAAUACGUAAUCAAAGUGUUAUCUGUAGAGACAGGUUAUAAUAAGGAAUACCAGCAAUACAAAAUACUAAUCACUGACAAACCUCUGAGCCCCGAGUUUAAAUCAAAGCCUCCUGGAGAUGAUAUGCCACAUCUUGAAAUGAAAAUCACCUGUUUGAAUGAUGCAACCCAAUUCCUGUCUCGAGCAUUCAGCCUGCAUGGAAAUUUACUUCUCUCUUUAGACACAGAUCUCCAGAAUCUUGCUGCAUCUCCACCUCCAGCUGAUGACAUUGUGGGUUUACAAGGGAAGAUUCGCAACCUGCUAAAUGUGCAUUGGGUUAGCUUGCUCAAAACCCAUCCCUUAGAGUGCCAGAGGGAUGCACGUUUUCAGGUGCAGCUAUCAGCUGCACUAGAAAUCUACAUGGUGAACCAGCUGCAUAGUUUGGUUUUCCCAGCUCUGUGCGCACUAUACAAGGAAGAAGAUGCUGAAAUUUACAUGCAUCUGCAAAAGCUGUCUAACCAUGGUGUGACACCUGAUCAGCUGGGAGCUCCAGUUGAUUUAGCUGUUCCUUUGCCAGCUGCAGUGGUAGAAUUAGCAUCUCUAGAUGCACAUGAAUGUCCUGCUAAUAAGUUGGGCUGUCUUAGAGCCACUAUGGAGCUAAUGAUGGCUGAACUGAAAGGUGCCAUUGUUGAUGCUCACAGUGAAGUUGCAGAAGAAGGCCAACUUCCUGCACUAACAUCUGAUGAUACGCUACCAUUGCUGAUGUCAGUCAUCAUUCAAGCUAAACCGUUACAUAUGGCCUCAAACCUUUUCUACAUGGAGAAUUUCCAGUGGACUUUGUCCCCAAAUGAUGUUAACAGCUACUGCCUUGUGACAUUCAAAGCAGCUGUACAAGAAUUGAUAUCACUUGAUCCUGCUGCCCUACAGCCCCGAAGUGAAAAAGUUGUUCGUGAAAUGGGCCUUGAAGAUUUGUUCAAGGUUACCAGUGAAAUUGAUAGCAAUAAUCGCCAUAAAGAUGUAAAAACCAGUGGCCCUGUGUCACCAUUGGAUAGGCAACGUGAGCGUGUGACUGCUAUGAUUGAAGCUUCAACCAGAGAACUACGAGAAAUUAUGCCAUCGUCAGGGUCAUGCUGAAGUCGCAUUAUGGUUAUAAACUUAUCAGAAAUGAUGAUCAAGUUUUGUUAAAAACUGAGGUAGUCUGUAUUGUCAUCCCGUCCAAGAAUAUAAACAUUUCGAAUUGCAUAGCAUAGUUGUAUUGUUCAACAUUUUCUUUUUAUGAUUUAUAUUAUGUACAAUAUAAGAAAUCUGCGCAGGGAACAUUUUUCUAGUCCAUUAGCAGUAAGCUGAGAUAUUACUUAAUGUUGGCUCAUAAAUAUAGUCUAGCUGCCUUACUAAGAUGUGAUUUAAAAUACUUUUCAUGCAGAUUGGUGUGUGAGAAAGGAAAUAUAGAACUAAACAAUAUCAUGCAAACGUUAGUCUUCACUUUUAGAAAGCAGUGGUAGUGACACACACAGGAAUUCCUGCUUGGAAUUAUCGUCCCUUCUGGGGUUCAUAUAUUAUUAAGUCAUACAUAGAAGUGACUUUGUUGUAUGUAAAGAAAUCUUAAUGCUAAAGAAUAUUGAUGGAAAGUAAUUUUAGUAAAGUCUGUUGCUAUGAUUAUGACAGCAGAUAUAUUUUCUACAAUAACUGUGUUACAAACAAACAAAAGGCUACUGAAUGAUCAUUUAUAUUUCCAGUUUCAAGUUCACAUAAUUAUUAUUAGUUUUGUUUUCCAUGUUCAUUUUCUCAUAUCCUCAUAUGCUGUUGCACCUAUAAGAUAGGUGCAGUUAAGUGAAAUUAUUGUAUGCACUAAUGUCAGUGUUUUGCAGCUUAAUUGAACUGAAAAAGAUGAGAAAAUAAUUAAAUUUAACUGAAGUGACACUGAUGUUAAAAAGUCUUAGAUUUUGUAUUUUAUUGUAUUUGAACAUUUAUAAAGUGGCAUUUCAUUCAGUAAUUUAAAUUUUACAUUGCAUGCCCUUUACUAUUCAUCAUCAUGACAUUUCCCUUCGAUCAGUUAUUUUAAAGGCUGUGAGCUAUUGCUGUAGUAUUACCUAAUUAAUGUGCCAUUUCAUUUUAUUAUUGUCAUACAUACUAAUUGUCCAGUGUAGUUCCUUUGUGUAUCGCAAGUAUUAACAGGGUCAUAAUACGAUGUUAAAAGAACUGUUGAUUUACACUAACAUGUCCAUGUUGUAUUUUCUGCAUUGCGUGAACAACUUCAGAGCAUGGUACCCUCCAUAUACUUUUUGCCAGUUUUGUAUCUACAUACACAUUCCCGGUAUGCCAUUUUAUCAUAAGUUAUGUGAUGAUAAACUCCAGUUUCAAAUGUAUUGUCACCUUAGUAUGAAAAUCUUGUAUGUGCAUCAAAAGAAACUUAAAAUAUUUUUAGUCACUUUUACUGAAUGUCUUGUCAAUUUUUGCUAUGUAAUAAAGGCUGUUUCAUAGAUGCUGUA